AUCCUCAGCGAUUGUUUCCGAGGCCAACCACACAGUCCAAACUACCAGGCUUCCCACAAGAAGCCGCGGCCUUAUCCCAAGCUCUUUAAGCUUGACUCGGAACGCGCAGGGAUGAGCUGAGAAGACAGAGAGAGCGAGCGAGCGAGCGAGAGAGGAAGGGAGAGGGAGCGCCACCGUAUCCUCUCCAUCCAAGGCCGUCCAUGGCCUUCUUCACCCACUGGUACGACCUCCUCUGCCUCACCAUGCUAGCCGGCGCUGUCCUUGUCUCCCUGUGGGGGAUCCUCCGCGGGGAAGACCGCAGCAAAAGCGGGGACGACGAGGAGGCCGACCGAGCCAAGUACGGCGGCCUGUUGGCCAACGGCGACGGCGACGAAAGGGCAUCAAGCACGGUGCGUAGCGAGCAGCUAUGGAUGAGUCGGUGGCGCGCGCUGCAUCCCGCCUGCCUCCUCGCGCUCAGGCUGGUCGCUGCCCUCACCAUGGCCGGCGUCCUCCUGUGGGACCUGCGGACGUAUGAUUGGAGCAUCAUGCUGUAUUAUACCGAGUGGACCUUUUCAUUAGUGAUCAUUUAUUUUCUGAUUGCUACCUGUAUGUCUGCUCAUGGUUGCUGGAUUUAUGCAAAGCACGCCAAGGAAAAUGAUGAGGCAAAUGCAUUCUUUAAAAGAGAUUUUGGAGAAGAUUUACAUGCAACUUUGACUGGAACUAACAGAAACAGAAAAGCUAGCAAAUCACACAGCUUCUGUGAGCAUGAUGACAAGGAACAAAAGUUUGGAUUUUGGGGUUACCUUAUGCAAAUUGCUUAUCAGACUAGUGCAGGUGCUGUUGCAUUGACGGACAUUGUCUUUUGGGGCCUUCUAGUACCAUUUCUUUCGGUUGAGCAUUUCAAACUAGACUUGCUCAUGGGGUGCAUGCACUCCCUUAACUUUGUAUUUCUUCUCCUCGAUACUGCUCUAAACAGUCUGCCUUUCCCGUGGUUCCGGAUGGCAUAUUUUGUCCUUUGGAGCUGUAUCUAUGUAAUUUUUCAGUGGAUCCUGCAUGCACGUGGUUUUUCAUGGUGGCCCUACCGUUUUCUCGAGCUCUCAACUCCUUGGGCUCCACUUUGGUACUUCUGCCUGGCAUUGCUCCAUGUCCCAUGCUAUGGUGUGUAUAGUCUACUUGUGACAGCCAAAAACACAUUGUUUCCAAAAAUUUUUCAUACGAGGCCCUGAGACUCACAGUUAUACAUGUAAAUUCUGAUUCUUCUUGAAGUAAUCGAUUGAAGAAGAUGUUAAUAAUGAUGCCAUUAGUUAUUUGAUCA